UUUCGUACUCGCUACACGUCUGUCGCGCUCGUCAAAACUCUUUACGUACCACCGUACUGUUGUUUUUGACAAAAAUGCAAAGUUUCCGAAUUGUGAUUGUGAAAUAUUUGUGAUCAGUGCAACUCGAUAUUGUGGACUGAAAUUUUGUGCAGUUAACAAACGGGUUUAACGUGAUUUUGUGUGUUAAAAUCACGACUAAAACUCCAUUUAACGGAACCAUCGCUUCGGAUUUGUGUUUCGAUAGUCGCGAUGUCGUGGUGAUAACGGCGUGAUGAUGAGGCUCGACGCAUCCGAGAAACAGCACCGCUACCACAACCUCCUGCAAGACGAUCAUGCCAAUGAAAUGCUAGAAGGCGAAGGCGCCGGGCUGGCCGCACGUGUUGCUGAACUAGAAGUGAGGUGCAGCAGGCAAGCCGAGGAGUUGUUAUGUUUGCGGUCCACCUUAGCUGAUGCUUUGAGGAGACUCAACGCUUUGGAGGGAAGAGCCCCAGCCGCACCCACUGGACAAAGGAAUGGUGCUUAUACAGGGUCUUCGGGCACGCCUACCCGGGAGCUCCGGCUGAGGCAGCCAGGGUACCGGGAGACAGCCAAAAGGACCUCUAGUUAUGGGUCUAGCGGUUCAUCACUCCCCCAAAGACGCGGUCCUCAACACCAGUCGACGGGCUCGCUGCAGUCAGACUCGCCGGCUUCAUCUUCUUCUCUCUCUCCGGCCCCCUCCCCUUCUCCAAGGGCCACACCUGCCCCCUUACAUACAGUACACCCACCGCAACCAUACAGAUCACGCAACAACUCCACUUCAAGCAACCAGAGUGCGUCCCCCCACGGGAACCUCACGAAACGAUGGAGCUCCACGGGUGACUUCGGAGCCCAGGGUCUUAUAGCUAAUAACAGAUUCACCACAGCAAAAUCGUUGCUUAAUUUGUACUCUAAGCCGUCACAAAAUGGAUCCAUAUUGAAACAUGGCACCCACACAUGUCAGUACAACGAGGAGGAUGGGUCCAUGCGAAUGUACCUGCGGGGUCGACCGGUCAUCCUGUUUGGACCCAGCGACCAGGACGCGUUGGACCCCGCCAAAGUAGCGCCUCCACCGCAGAGCAAGCUCAAGUUAGAGUGGGUCUACGGAUACAGGGGCAAAGACUGCCGCAGCAACCUCUACCUCCUACCCACUGGGGAGAUUGUCUACUUCGUGGCAGCAGUGGUAGUUCUGUUCAACGUGGAUGAGCGGUGUCAGCGCCACUACACGGGUCACACUGACGACGUCAAAUGCCUGGCCGUGCAUCCCAACAAGCUGGUCGUCGCCAGCGGCCAGUGCGCGGGUCAUGACAGGCUGGACGCCAGGCCCCACGUCCGCGUGUGGAAUUCCGUCUCCCUAGCGACGUUAGCCGUCAUCGGCGUCGGCCAGAUGGAGAGGUCGGUGUCUUGCGUGACGUUCUCGCGGGCGGACGGCGGCGCGCUGCUGGGCUGCGUGGACGAGGGCCCCGACCACACCAUCUCCGUGUGGGAGUGGCAGCGGCCCGACAAGGGGCACUGUCUGGCCGAGACCAAGUGUUCAGUGGACACAGUGGUCGCAGCAGAAUUCCACCCCCUGGACCGCAACCAGAUCGUGACCUGCGGGAAGAACCACAUCGCCUUCUGGACCCUGGACCACACCAACAUGCUGUACAAGAGGAUGGGCGUCUUCGACGGACGGGAUAAACCGAAAUACGUCACGUGUCUCGGUUUUAACCAUAACGGUGACGUCCUCUCCGGCGACUCAAGCGGCAACAUAAUAGUGUGGGCCCGAGGCACCAACACGGUCGCUAAGCUGGUACGAGCCGUGCACGAAGGACCAGUGUUCUCUCUGUGCUGUCGGAAGGACGGUUCGCUGCUGUCUGCCGGUGGGAAAGACGGUCGGAUCGUGUUGUUAGACGCCGAGGCAAACCCGACUGGCGUGGAAAGCGUGAUAGAAGGUCACUAUGGCGGUAUACGGGUGGUGGCGGAAGGUCGAGGCAGCCAACUCUUCUUAGGCACCACCCGCAACUGUAUUCUGCACGGAGACAUCGAGCUUGGCUUCUCACCUGCUGUACUUGGCCACGUGGACGAGCUGUGGGGCCUGGCGGCGCACCCCACGCUGCCGCAGUUCGCCACGGCCGGCUGGGACCGCCUGCUGCAGCUGUGGGACUCCCUCAGCCACAGCACCGUGUGGAGUAAGGACAUCGACGAGCGAGCUCAGUGCGUGUCGUGGUCGGCGGACGGCGGCGUGCUGGCGGCGGGCUGCCUCAGCGGCCGCUGGCUGGUCUUCGACCCCCACAGCCGCCAGCUCCUCGCCAGCCACCAGGACGGCUCGGAGCCCAUCCAGACUAUCCAGUAUUCUCCUGACAACUCUAUGGUGGCCAUCGGUUCCCGGGACAACUUCAUCUACGUGUACCGUGUGGAAGACAACGGGGCGAGGUACACUCGCAUCGGGAAAUGUCUGGGCCACUCCAGCUACAUAACGCAUUUGGAUUGGUCUGAGGACAGCCAGUACAUCAGGAGCAACUCUGGAGAUUAUGAGCUUCUAUUUUGGAACGCGACAACGUGCCGGCAAGUGGCCAGCCCGUCGAGCCUACGCGACGUGCGCUGGCGCUCCAACACGUGCCCCAUCACCUUCACCACCAUCGGCGUGUGGCCGGAGAACGCGGACGGCACCGACAUCAACUCUUGUACAAGGUCUCACGACGGCAGAUUGGCAGCAACCGGUGAUGACUUCGGUAAAGUGAAGCUUUACGCUUACCCCGUCACACAGCCGAAGUCGCUAUGCCACCAGUACGGCGGGCACUCCUCCCACGUGACCUGCGUUCGAUUCCUGACCGACGACUCCCGGCUCGUCUCCACUGGGGGGCUAGACACCUCAGUAAUGCAGUGGGCUAUUGAUUAAAAAAGGUUUAAUUAAACUAUAACAACCCAAGAAUACAAGCCUCAAGGCAAGAAGCCGUUUCAAAUUCAAAUUAAUACGGUUUAAUUAAACAAUAACAACCCAAAAAAGACUAGCCUCGAGAAUCAAGAGAGCCGUUUUAAAAUUCAAAUUCAAAAUUUUUAUUCAUUAUUAUAGGAUACUUCAUAUCGCUUAAUAAUUGUCAAAACGUAUGGUUUAACAACAUUGGUUGAUGUCAAAUCAAAGUUUCCUCUCGGUGUUAGUCCAGGUGUGUGGUUCCCGGCACCAAUAAAAGAAAAGAAUAUGUGGCGACAUCUCUACGCCACUCGCCACAACAUCAAAUCACACAACAACCACUCCAUCUCGUUCCCGUGGAUGUCGUAAAAGGCGACUAAGGGAUAGGCUUAUAAACUUGGGAUUCUUCUUUUAGGCGAUGGGCUAGCAACCUGUCACUUGACGAAUCUCAAUUCUAUCGUUAAGCCAAAUAGCUGAACGUGGCCUAUCAGUCUUUUUAAGACUGUCGGCUCUGUCUACCCCGUAAGGGAUAAAGACGUGAUCAUACGUAUGUAUGUAUGUUAGUCCUGGUUACAUCCUCACUUCCCUGGAGAGGAGCCCGGGGCGCCUUAGACCAUUAUUCUGGUUAAGAUCAGGAUGAAACGUAAAGCUCUCAAGGUCUUGUCUUAGCCCCAAGUUUACAAUUUGAAUACACAUUCCACUUAUAAAAGAAUUAGUUAGUACCUUAUACACUCGUUACAAGAAAAUCUUACAACUCCCAAGAAAAAGAGGAGUGUUAUACGUUUUAUGAGUAUGUAAUAUUGUAGAACUCAAAGAGAUGCAAUUUUUUUAAUCUAGAAAUUCUUAAGUUAUGGGACAUAGAAAUUGAGGGUAUACCUGUAAAGCUUGCGAAUACAUCUGAAUAAAGAAUUUAAAUAGAAUUUAAUUGUUUAUAAAUAAUUCAGGUAUUAGCGUACUAUUAUUUUAACUCGAACGUUGCGCGUUUAAUAACUGUAUUAUUUAUAAAUAGAAUUCAACUUUUUUUUAAUAAAAUUGUCAAUAAGUUAUUUGAGAAUUAUUAAUUUUCUUGAUAAGUACAAUUUCAUGAUUAAUUUUAAACAAAUGACAGAACAUAUUUUCAUGAAAAUUUUGCAGUUAUAAUUGUGCAUGUUUUUUGUGUAACAUAAAGGCCUAUAAUUAUCAUUAAUUAUUAUUUGUCAAUAAUGAUGAUCAUACAAAUAAAAUAUUUAAGGAAUCAAUGUCAAUAAUAUUGAGGUUCAAUUAAAGUUUAAUAUGUAAUGUUUGUAUAAUUUCUAGGGGAUAUUUUGUGUGCAAAAUAAAGUACAAUUUGUUUUUAUUUAAUGAUAAGUAUUUUAUAAUAUUACAUUUACAUUGCAAUGAUUGAUCACACAUUUUGCAUCCGAAUAUUAAAUUUAGCUAUUUGACGCACGGUUGUGAUAUAAAAAGUAAUUUCGUAAGGCCGGUGCUUUUAAAACGACCAAGUAAUUUUCCAAGCAUUUUAGUAAUUUUCGUCAGAAAAAUAUUGUUUGGGUCCUUUGAAGGGACAGGAUCUUACGGGAAUAAAUUUGGAAUAAUUUAAAGAAAAUAUUCUUUCCUUUCUUUAAAUUACUAAAAGUAAGUUUUCAAAACGUAAUUAGUAUAGGUGCAUGGCAACACUUUUGUGUUUUUUUUACACUUGCAACACUGCGAAUAUCUUUGUGAUUGAGCUUAGCUAAGAAUAAUUAAUAAUUAUUUUUAAUGGCACUUUUAAUCUGUAUUAGAAUUAUUUAAGUUUAGAAUAAUCAUGUUUUGCAUAAGUUUUAUUUUAAGUUAUGUUUAUUCUGCGUGGUUUAUUGAAAUGAUUUCCCGAUGAGUACAAAUUUAAUUUCUUAUUACAUGGGGCGUUUAGUAAAAAAAAUUAUUUUAUUGCUACAAUUUUAUACUACUACAAUUAUUCCCCUCGUAAACAUUGUAUAUCAAAGCAUUCGAUAAAAGUCCUUCAAUACAUCAUUUGAAGUGUAGUUAGUGGUUGCAUCCUAAGCUGUAUUGUUACCACAGAGCCCAGGGUCCACUAAUGGCUAUAGGUAAUUUGACAAGGUCAGAGACUGCUCAAAACAGUAGGUUUUGAGCAGCGGUUGACUAUGCUGCAAUCCUGUUUCCUUCUUCCUAGUGUUUUUCCUGAUUACAUCUCGGGAAUGGAGCCCUGGGUGCGCCUUUGACCAUGACCCUGGAUUGGGCGAAUCAGGUUUUUGCACGAAGCGACUCCCAUCUGACCUCCGCAACCUUUGCCGGGCGAAACUUAACCCAUAUUGAAACAAAGUAAAAGCUGCGCAAGAUUAAUGUGCCUAUUCCCUUAGUCGCCUUUUACUUUACACUGUAUAAAGGAUUAUUUUAAUAAACCACGCCUAUUUUUACACGUUUCGCGGUUUCGUAACCUAGUCACCUGUAGUUUCAUCUUAUUUAACAAUUCUCAUUUAGUUAAGCACUAAUUUAGGUUCUGUAAAUACAUAAUGUAAGAUGGCGUAGUCCGUCUCUAUCGAUGUGCCUCUAAUAAAUUGUUUAUUGAUAAA